GAACAAUGUCUGCCGUGCACAAUCUUCAUUCCCAUUGGUUGGUAGUUGUUUGCCUCAAAACGGACGGCGGAACCGAAGAGUAACGUUAAUGUAAAAAACCCUGUUAUGUUAUUGUAUUGUAAACUACCACGUCUCAAAUAAUACAUUGAUAUAUUUAACUCUUACCCAGACUGCGUCUUCACCAUGGAAGCAGAAGUAGAGUUUUUACGUGAUCAAGUCCACAGAUUAAAUUCAGCUCUCAGUCAGUAUCAGUAUGGCCAUGGUACUCAAUCCACCUCAUCUCAGGUUGAGGAGGCCAGACGGGCAGAGUCUUCUACACCUUGGAUCUCAGAUAGAAGUAUAAUGGCUCCACUGAUAGCGGAGUACGAUCGGCACAUGGAUGAAAUGACUGAACAGCUGCAGAGAUACCAGGGGCAGAUGACAGAUGUCAAAGUGAAGUUGGAGAGGGUUGUCAAGGAGAAUGAAAGGCUGCAUGCAGAGUUAAGGGACUCUGUUGAGAAACAGCUUCACGCCCUGCCGCUGGCUUCAGGAGUGAAUGGCAGCACCCUGGAGGAGGAUGCAGUCAUCAGAAACCUCCAAGAACAGGUCCAGCUGUGUGAACAGGAGCGGGUGCAGGCCAUGGAGUUGUGGCAGACUGCAGCCCAGGAGCUAGACCGCCUCCAGCAGACCUAUCAGAAGACUGUCUCAGAUGGACAGAUCCACGAUGCUCACAGGCAGCAGCUUAAGGAUCAGCUUGUUCAGUUCCAGCAGCACGCACAUAAACUCCAAGUGGCCAAUCAGAAACUGGAAUCGACCAGCCAGCAGUUCCUGAAGACGGUGACAGAGCAGAGCACAGAAAUGGAGGAGCUACACAGCCAACUCAGGCAGGCCAAAGCUGAGCUGAGGACGGCCACAGCCAAAGUGGAUGAGAUGACCAAACUGCUACAGAAUGUCCAGGACCAGAUGCAGAGACGGGAGGAAGAAGUGGCAGACGCUCAGGGCCGAGAGGACGCAGCAGACCGACGGCUCCAACAGCUUCAGGCGGCCUUGAGCCAGCUAGAGACCAGACUAAAAGCUGCAUCUCAGGAGGCUGAAUCAGUUCGCAGAGAUCAAACUGUGUGGGAGAGAAAGGUGGGGGUACUCCAGGCACGUUGUACCACCCUAGAAGAGGAAAAGUAUGACGCCCUGGCCAAAGUUCGAGAGAGUGUCCAGUUGGCUGAGGAGGCUGCAUUGCAGAAAGACCAGGCCCUGUUAAGAGAGAAACAGAAGAUGGAGGAGCUGGAGAAGACAAAGGAGGCCAUCAAACAGUUAAUCCAGGACGCUGCAGUCCGUACCAGAAAGGAGGUGGAUAAUGUGCGCAAGCAGUGCAAUGUUCAAAUUGACCGUAUGGCCGAGGAGCUGUCUGCACUUCAGCUAGAGUGUGCAGAUAAAGAGUCUCAGAUUGAAAGGUCCCUGCGUGAGAGGAAAGCUGUAGAGGAGGAGCUGGAGAAGGUGUAUAAGGAGGGCAGGGCAGAGCCAGAGUUCAGGAAGAUUGAUGCCCUUCACCAGAGGUGUCUAGAUGCUGAGAGGAUAAAGGAAGACAUUAGUAUCACCCUGCAAAGCACACAGAACAAACUGAGGAAGAUGGAGAUGGACUACAGUGAGGAGCUGUCACGGUGCCAGGAGGAAGUGGGGCGGCUGCAGGGCUCUCUGGCUGCAGCCCGGGACGACUGUGUCAGAAUCAGCGAGGAGCGUCUCCAGCUGCAACAGGAGAACCUGCAGCUACGCAGGGAGAUGGAUGAGCUGCGCAAGGCCUCCCUGCUGGUCCAAAGGAAGGCCAAACAACAGUUGUCACAGAUGGAGCAGGAGUACAGCCUGAAGGAGCAGGGACUUGACGCACGCGUGCAGGAGAUGGAGAAAAGCAGCCGAAGCUCAAGUGUUGAUCUGACGCGCCUCCUUACAGCACAGCAGAGAAGUACCCAGCGCUGGAAAGAAGAGGCCAAGAACCUUGUUCAGGCCUUUGAGACUAAAAUCACAGGCCUCAAGUCAGAGCUGAAUCGGCAGAAACAGCGUUCCUACGAGCUGGAGAAGCAGCUUGAAACUGACCAUGAUACUGUUGCUGAGUAUGAGAGGCAGCUAGCAGAGUAUCAAGAGAAGACGAGUCUUCUCCAGAGACGAUUGACACAAGCUGAACAAAAGGCGACCACUGCUACACAACAGCUCAAUUUGUUGGCAUCACAGCGAAGAAAAACUGCCAUGGUGGAUCCAGAGACUUUUUAACAGUAACUGUCACUGCAUUAUAACAUGUUUUUCUUGUAUUUAACCAAGAAAUAAUCCCAUUGAGAUUUAGAAUCUCUUUUACAAUAUUAUAGUAUUUAUAAUGUAGAGUUGUGAUGGAUGUGUUUAGAGCAUGUUCUCCUUUUUGUAAAUAUGAUAUCAACAUUUUGGCCAUUUGGUUAAUAAAUGGCAACAUAUUCUAAUUUUA